CGGAACCAGUGGAAGAAAUUCCAUCAAACCCAUGCGUACCAUCACCUUGUGGCCCAAACUCUCAAUGCAAGGAAAUCAACGGAUCGCCUUCAUGUUCCUGCCUGCCAGAAUUCACAGGUUCUCCGCCAAACUGCAAGCCUGAAUGCAUCAGCAACAGCGAAUGCCCGACCAUUUGGCUUGCAUCAAUCAGAAAUGCAAAGACCCAUGUCCUGGUAUUUGUGGCCAGAACGCUGAAUGCAGGGUGGUUAGCCAUACGCCGAACUGCGUCUGUCAACCUGGAUACUUUGGGGAUCCAUUCACUUUAUGCUCAAUCCAACAAGCUGUUCAAGAAGUACUGAACCCUUGCCAACCGUCACCAUGUGGAGUUAAUGCAGUUUGUAAAGAAAGGAACGGUGCAGGGUCUUGCAUCUGUCUUCCUGAAUACAUAGGAAACCCUUACGAAGGGUGCAGGCCAGAAUGUUCUGUGAACUCAGAUUGUUCAUCGAAUAAAGCUUGUGUGAGAACAAAUGCGUGGAUCCUUGUCCUGGAACUUGCGGACAGAACGCAGACUGCCAAGUUAUCAAUCAUUUACGUCUUGCACGUGUAUACCAGGAUAUACUGGGGACCCAUUCAGGUUCUGUUCCCCUGA